AUGAAGGCCACAAUUGUAAUCAAAACAAUUGUACUGAUGACCCUUGUGGUCAUCGAGAUCUCCAGAGCUUACGGCAAACACCGCGAAGGAAAAUACAAAGGCACCCACUGGUGGGGAAUUGCAAAAGCUGGCGAACCUAAUAAUUUGGCUCCUAUGACCCCUGGCCUGAUGCUCAUGGACUCAUCAUCGUUAACGUUAUUGCGCAAUAAACAGAGGAGGAUGAUCCGCGAACAUCCGGGAGUAUUACAAGCGAUCAGCAGAGGCGUCAAUAUGGCACUGCAAGAGUGUCAGCACCAGUUCCGGAACAGGCGUUGGAACUGUUCAACCAAGAACUUCUUGACUGGCAAAAACUUGUUUGGGAAAAUUGUGGACAGAGGUUUCAGGGAGACGGCGUUCAUCUACGCGAUCACCAGCGCGGGCGUGACGCACGCGGUGUCCAGGGCGUGCGCGGAGGGCGUGAUCGAGACGUGCACGUGCGACACCACGCACCAGCGGCGUGGCCCGUACAUCCAGAACUCUGUUCCGGGCGUCAAGGACUGGGAGUGGGGUGGUUGUUCGGACAACAUUGACUUCGGGUACAAGUUCUCCAGGUUGUUCGUGGACACUGGCGAGAGGGGCCGCAGCCUCCGGGAGAAGAUGAACCUGCACAACAACGAAGCCGGCCGCAUGCAUGUACAAUCGGAGAUGAAACAGGAAUGCAAGUGUCACGGCAUGUCGGGCUCGUGCACGGUGAAGACGUGCUGGAUGAGACUGCCCAUAUUCCGUUCGAUCGGCGACAACCUCAAGGACAGGUUCGACGGCGCGUCCAGGGUGAUGGUCGGCAACACGGGCGGUCUCCGCAGGAUGCGCAGCAAGGACGACGCGCAGAACAAGCACUACGAACAGGAACAGCAGCAGGAACAGCCGCAGGACCAACUUACGGAACAGCAGCCGCAACAGAACGGAGGCGGAGGCCGUGGCGGCCAUCGGGGCAGAAGGCGCGGCGGUGGUGGCCGGAACAGAUACAACUUCCAGCUUAAACCGUACGAUCCCGAUCUGAAGGCUCCGGGCACCAAGGACCUGGUAUACCUGGAAACGUCACCCGGGUUCUGUGACCCGAACCCACGUCUGGGCGUGCUGGGCACGCACGGUCGCCAGUGCAACGAGACGUCCCUCGGCUUGGACGGGUGCGACUUGAUGUGCUGCGGCCGCGGCCACAAGACCCACCAGGCCCUGGUGUCCGAACGGUGUAACUGCACUUUCCUGUGGUGUUGCGAGGUCAAGUGCAGCGUGUGCCAGUACAGGAAGACAGUCAACACGUGCCAGUAG